AUGGUGGUCCCAGUUGCUCUCUGGGUCUGGCUGCUGCACUCAGCUGCUUGUUUGGCCAGCGGGCAUGGCCCAGCUGGCAAGAAGGAGAUCAGCAUUGAUGGGGACCUGGUCAUCGGGGGCCUCUUUCCUGUGCAUGAGAAAGGUGUGGGGAGUGAAGACUGCGGCAAAAUCAAUGAGCACCGGGGCAUCCAGCGUCUUGAGGCUAUGCUCUUCGCCCUAGAUGAGAUCAACAAGGACCCAAGCAUUCUGCCAGGGAUCAUGCUCGGUGCCCAUAUCCUCGACACCUGCUCCAAGGACACUUAUGCCCUGGAGCAGUCACUUGACUUCGUCCGUGCAUCUUUGACCAGGGUGGAUGGCUCUGAGCAUAUCUGCCCUGACGGCUCCUACGCUGUCCAUGAUGAUGUGCCCACAGCCAUCACUGGCGUCAUUGGGGGCUCCUACAGUGAUGUCUCCAUCCAGGUAGCCAACCUGCUGCGGCUCUUCCAGAUUCCACAGAUCAGCUAUGCCUCUACCAGUGCCAAGCUGAGCGACAAAUCCCGUUACGAUUACUUUGCCCGCACUGUCCCACCAGAUUUCUACCAAGCUAAGGCCAUGUCAGAGAUCCUCCGCUUCUUCAACUGGACAUAUGUCUCCACUGUGGCCUCGGAAGGUGAUUAUGGUGAGACAGGCAUAGAGGCCUUUGAGCAAGAAGCCCGCAUGCGCAACAUCUGCAUUGCUACCUCAGAGAAGGUGGGACGCUCCAUGAACAAAAAAACAUAUGAUGGUGUGGUCAGGGCCCUACUGCAGAAGCCCAGUGCCAGAGUGGUUGUGUUGUUUACCCGGAGUGAAGAUGCCCGGGAGCUGCUGGCGGCUGCUCACAGAGCAAACGUAUCCUUCAUGUGGGUGGCCAGCGACGGGUGGGGAGCCUUGGAGAGUGUGGUGGCUGGGAGAGAAGUUGUUGCUGAGGGAGCCAUCACCAUUGAGCUGGCAGCAUAUCCCAUUAAAGAGUUUGCUGCCUACUUCCGUAAUCUCAAUCCCUACAACAACAGCCGAAAUCCCUGGUUCCGUGAGUUUUGGGAGCACAAAUUCAAGUGUAGCUUCCACACUCAAGACUGCAGCCGGUAUUCCCUAAAGAUGGGCAAGUUUGAGCCAGAGUCCAAGAUAACAUUUGUGGUUAAUGCAGUCUAUGCCAUGGCUCACUCUCUUCACAACAUGCACCAGGCUCUGUGCCCCAAUGUCACCAAACUCUGUGACUCCAUGAAGCCUGUUAACGGCAAGAAGUUCUACAAGGACUUCAUGCUCAACGUUAAUUUUGAUGCUCCAUUCAGGCCAGCAGAUACCAAGAGCAUUGUUCGAUUUGACCGUUACGGUGAUGGGAUUGGGCGCUACAAUAUCUUCAACUAUUACCACGUGGAUGGGCGGUAUCGGUAUCAGAAGGUGGGCUACUGGGCCGAGGGGCUCUUUCUCAAUACCAGCCUCAUCCCAUGGGCUGAGACAUCUGUCCCUGUGUCCCAGUGCAGUGACCCAUGCAAGAAGAAUGAGAUAAAGAGCAUGCAGCCUGGAGACAUAUGCUGCUGGAUCUGCAUCCCCUGCCAGCCUUAUGAAUACCUGCUGGACGAAUUCACCUGCAUGGACUGUGGUCUUGGUUACUGGCCCAAUGAGACCCUGAAUGGUUGCUUUGAGUUGCCCCAAGAGUACAUCCGUUGGAAAGAUGUUUGGGCCAUUGGUCCUGUCACUAUUUCUUGCCUGGGAUUUAUUUCUACCCUUUUUGUUUUUGGGGUCUUUAUCAAGAACAAUGACACCCCCAUUGUGAAGGCCUCAGGCCGGGAACUCUGCUACAUUCUCCUCACAGGGGUCCUCAUGUGCUACAGCAUGACCUUCAUCUUCAUCGCAAAGCCUUCCACUGAGGUGUGCACACUCCGGCGCCUGGGGCUGGGCACAUCUUUCGCUGUCUGCUAUUCGGCCCUCUUGACCAAGACAAAUCGCAUUGCCAGGAUCUUCAGUGGUGUGAAGGAAGGUGUGCAGCGCCCUCGGUUCAUAAGCCCCACAUCGCAGGUGGUCAUCUGCAUGGCUCUCAUCUCCUGCCAGUUAAUCAUUGUUGUCAUCUGGCUGCUGGUGGAGACCCCUGGUACAGGCAAGGAGACUGAGCCUGACAAGAGAUACAUUGUUACGCUUAAGUGCAACAACCGUGACUCCAACAUGCUUAUCUCGCUCACCUACAAUGUCCUCUUGAUUGUCCUGUGUACGGUGUAUGCCUUCAAGACACGGAAAUGCCCUGAAAACUUCAAUGAGGCCAAGUUCAUUGGGUUCACAAUGUACACAACCUGCAUCAUCUGGCUGGCCUUCCUGCCCAUUUUCUAUGUGACCUCCAGUGACUACCGAGUCCAGACCACCACCAUGUGCAUCUCAGUGAGCCUCAGCGGCACCGUGGUCCUUGGCUGCCUCUUCACCCCCAAACUCCACAUCAUCCUCUUCCAGCCGCAGAAGAACGUGGCCAGCCACCGUGUGGGCACCACUCGGUUCAGCGUGGCAGCUGCAGGCUCUAGCCAGUCCCAUGGCUCUGCCUCACAGUAUGUGCCCACGGUGUGCAACGGUCGUGAGGUGGUGGACUCCACGACGUCAUCCUUGUGAAAGAUGGGAUUGGCUGCUCUGAGGUGCUGCAGCUCCUGCAGUCCUGCUGGCAGCCCCAGUCCCCUGGGGAUUUUCCAGCUCAACAAGAAUUGAAAGGCUUGCUCACCGAGGUGAGGGCACUGCCAGAGGCAGAAUCCAGAGAGCAGGACCCACCCCGGCCUCAUGCCCUGCUGCUGGGGGCCCAAGCCAGCAAGGAAGCUCAGCCCCCAGUCCAGUGCGAGCCUCAUGGCCUGUGCACUGAGCCAGAGUGCACAACAUGCUUUCCUUGUGCUGAGUUGUGUUACAGCGUACUUCUCUGGCGCUGAGCUGUGUUACACUGCACACUUUCCUUGCAUGGAGCCACAUCACAUAUCAUGUUUCCCUCACACAAAGCCAUUACACAUUGGGAUUUCUUGCACUGAGCCAUAAUAUGCCAGGCUUCCCUCACAUUGUUCCAUGUUACACAUCAUGCUUCUCAUGCUAAGCCACAUAAUACAUCACACUUCCACCAUGCUGAGCUGUUACGUGGCAUGCUUCGCUUCCACUCAGUCAUGUUACACAUCACACUCCCCUUGCACUGAGUCAUUACCCAUUGCACUUCCCUCACACCGUGCCAUGGUAUGUGCUCCUCUUCCCUUGUGCUGAGCCACAUCACACAUCAUGCUUUCCUGUUGCUGAGCCGUGAUACGCAUCACACCUCUUUCACACUGAGCUCUAUUACACAUCAUGCUCACGCUGUAAUGAGCCACGUUACAUGUCAUGUUUCCCCAGGACAGCAGUUAGGCACUAGCCCUUAGCAGUUAGAACUUUUCCCAUUCUUUUUUGCCCCGGGCUUGCAGGGAGCCAAAAGGAAUCCAACAGCCCCAAGGGCAUGUACUGCCUCCUACCUAUGCCACUAGCCCCAAUUGCCUCUCAAGCAUCCCAGCUGAGCACCCAUGGCUGCACUGACCCUAGUCACACCUCCCUUUGCCCCAGCAACCUGAUAAAAGCACAGCCAGGCUGCACCAGCAUACUUCACCUAUGUAUUCUCAUGGUGUUUUUAGUUUUUUCUUAGAGUAUUUCUUGGCACAAGAUGCUCAAGACUGAGAAGGUGACAGAAAGCAUCAUGGCUAACCUCUGCUCAGCCAGCUGUAGAGCCCAAGAGUUCUGUUUUUUGGCAUUUGCCUAGGUUGAAUGACCUACCCUGUGUAUUUGAGCCCAAUCAAGUUUUUAAGAGUAGAUUUUUUUUCCUGUGAGCAAGAUUGUGAUUUUGGGGGUAAUUUUUAUGUAAAUAAAGUGUUUUUCUUUUUU